AUGCUCAAAGAUGUCGCUUCCUUCGCCGCCCAAGUCCCGCUGCCCCCAGAAGUGUUCUCCUACAGCUACAGCACGGCCGGCGGCGCCUGGCUUCGCGCGGCGCUGGCUUCGCAUUUGAACCUCACAUUCAACCCCCACGCCCCGCUGACGAGUGACGACGUCCAGCUCGCGUCGGGCGCGACGGCUGUGCAGUGUAUUCUCGCUUUCGCCCUGGCGUCCCCCGGGGAGGGAAUACUCGCUUCGCGACCCGUGUACGGACGCUUCGAGCUCGACUUUGGCAACGAGAUGGGCGUGGAGGUGGUGUAUGCCGAUACGACGCCCGAAACCUGCUUCGAGCCGGAUGUGGUGGAUGCUUUCGAGGCCGCGCUGCAGAGGUCUCACGAACGGGGAAUCAGGAUCAGGGCGGUGAUGAUUGUGAACCCGAACAAUCCGCUAGGGAGGUGUUACCCGCGCGAGACGCUGGUGCGAAUCAUGCGGUUCUGCGAGAAGCAUCAAAUCCACCUGGUUAGCGACGAGGUCUAUGGGUUGUCUGUGUUCUCGUCGUCGGGACCGUUGCCGACGUUCACGUCUGUGUUGUCCAUCGACCCUGAAGGAAUCAUCGACCCGGACCUGGUGCACGUAGAGUACGGCCUAGCCAAGGACUUUGCGGCCUCGGGAAUGCGUCUUGGGGCGCUGGUAUCGCGGAACAGGGCGCUUCAUGAGGCGUUUUCGAGUGUUGUGCGGUUCCAUAGUCCCGCGGGGCCGUCUGUUGCGGUUGCGACUGCAAUAUUCGAGGACCGGGAGUGGCAUGAUCGGUUCAUCUCCCAGUCCAGAGAGAGAAUUGCCGCAGCGUAUGAGUUUGUGACUGGAUGCUUGAGAGAUAUGGGGGUAGGGUAUCUUGAGGCGAACGCGGGAUUUUUUGUUUACAUCGACUUAUCACCAUGGUUGCCGCCUCGAGAAGCAUAUGAGUCCGAGCAGGAACGGGAGUUUGCGGUGGCGGAGAGCAUUCUGGCAAAGGGUGUGUUUUUGCACCCUUGCGAGGAGCAUUGUCUUGCGCCUGGAUGGUUUCGGUUGGUGUACACCCAGCCAGAAGAAAUUGUCGGCGAGGGCCUGAAGAGGUGGGUUGAGAGUAUGAAUGGCAAGGGCUCCAGCUAA